AGGUGCAGUAAUCAUUAAUACGAAGCCAGGUAAUGGUCCCUUUCAGAUAGGAGCAAACAUCAAACUAACUUGCAGAGAUACAUCCACAGUGGUCGAUUCAUCCUCCUUUACAUGGUAUCAUAAUGAACUCCAGAUGGUAGACAGUGGGGUUAAGACGAAAAAGGCAGAAGCGAUAGAGCGAUACUCCAUCGACAUCUCAGUUCGGGGUCAGUUCACCCUGGAGAUUACCAAUGCACAUGUAGAUGACGCAGGACCUUGGAAAUGUAAAAUACAGACCAAUGGCGUUACCACACAAGCGAUAGCACAAUUACGCAUUGGUGCCCCAGCCAUUGCAUACAUGACACCUACAAUCGCCACCACAAUCGGUUCUACGGUUCGGUUAGAAUGUAACGCAACUGGAGAUCCGGAGCCGGCUAUCUCUUGGAGGAGGUCAAAUCCGGGUCAGCUUCUUCCCAGCGGUCGUCGGGUAUCGGUAGGACCGGUGCUGUCAGUAACAGUUUCAUCGAUAUCAGAUGGAGGAAGGUUCGUCUGUGAUGCUAGGAACUCGUUAGCGGUCAUCUCAAAACCAAUGAGCUUGAAUGUGAAACAUGCACCAUUCCUGCAGACGGAUCGUUCAGACGCACAUGUGUACGCCUACCACUCUCGGAUGGUGAACAUGACAUGUGCAUGGAGUGGUUUCCCGCCACCUUUCAUCACGUGGACAAUAAAUGGGAGAUCGGUCACGAGAAGAGCUAGUCGACAAUACCAAGAUGGUGUUAGCACCUUAUCGAUAACGCCCCAAGGCAGAGACUUCGGGACCUACAGGUGUCAUGCGUCGAAUAAACUGGGAAGGAGCCAACACGCCAUUGUCCUUUCAAGAGCAGAUCCACCUCCCGUUCCCCGGCAUGUUCGGCCUGGUAUGAUAACAGACACCACUAUUCAGAUCUUACUCGAUCCCCCUCACGUGACAGCCCGGGGAUUCCCCCUCCUAUACUAUCAGGUGACCUAUCACCCAGUCAUGAUGGGCAAUCUACGUCAGAGUCGUCCAGCUCAGUUCCUACUAAAUGAGGUCCAGGAGGAAGAAGGACCAGCCCUGAUCAGGCAGGACUUCCCACAGGAAAGGCAGCUUUACGAGACUGGGAAUGGGGUCCAGGACCAGGCUGGGCCACUCGACCAGAUCCAACAACCUUAUGUGUCACCCCAGGUGCAAGUUAGACGAUUUGAUAUUGGAAACAGCUUGGUCCUGACUCAUCUUCGGCCCCUUACGACCUACCUCAUCCGAAUAUCCGCUGGCAAUGCUGCCGGUCAUGGUAACUUCUCCGAGCUACGAAUCGCUACAGCUCCAUCGCAUACCGUAGUUCGGGCAUCGAACCUUUCUAAUCCCCUAGCCGUACCCCUCCUCUCGACUGCAUCUGGCCAGCAACAUCCAGUAAAACCUACAUCGUUUCGAACGGCUGGGCCUACACGAUCUAUGAUGACUUCUCCGCUUGCUCCUGCAUCAUACCCAAUGCCUGCUAGCACCUCUGGUAUUAGUUUACCGGUCACACCCAACAUGGACCCCGAUGUACGGGCGAGGAACCCCGGUAGGUAUGACCCUUUUACCGCGCUACCAACCGUACCGGAGGGAGAGAAGAAGAAGAAGAAAGGGAUGUCACCCUUCCCUAUCAUCGUAGGCGCCAUCUUGGCCAUGUUUCUCGGCGGUUUGCUGAUCUUCUUUGCUUCAUCAAUGCCGCUACUGAAAUGGCAGAAACGGCGCCAGCGAAAUCCACCCGACGAGAUGGAAGAGGAACUGUAUCGGUUUAGUGGAUCCAUCUAUAGCGAGUCUUCAUCCAUACAGAUGCGUCCUGUCAGUGUAGUGAAUGUAAGCAAACAAAUAUCUUACCCACAAGGUCCGCAGUUCAAGUCCCGCCGUGGCACCAAUGUCCAUUUGCCAUACUCGACCCAGCAUUAUGAAACUGGCGUUCACUCUGGCUCUAUGAGUUCGAUGGGUAAAGAGUUUGAGUUCCCGCGGGAACGGUUAGUGAUUGGAGCGGUGGUCGGGACCGGUUCUUUCGGGAAGGUUGUGCGUGGAGACGCUGAGGGGAUCAUCAAACCGGCCUGUAAGACUGUCGUCGCGAUCAAAAUGCUCAAAGGUACUCCACUUCCGUUAGAGCAUGCAACGGGUCUGGAUCAUCAAGAUUUACUGAAGGAACUCUCUGUCAUGAAACUACUCAAACCUCAUCCUAACAUCGUUACUCUCUUUGGAUGCUGUACUAAAGAUGGAUACGAAUCACCGUUAAUCAUCAUGGAAUACUUGCCCAACGGCAACCUUCUCUCGCAUCUGCGCAGUAGCAGACAACGGGUAGAAGACUUUGAGAUGCACAGAACGAGCAUGCGCACAACUCUCUCACCCACGGAUCUCAUCAGAUAUGCAUAUGAGAUAGCCAAUGGAAUGGCGUAUCUUUCUUCCAUGAUGUGUAUACACAGAGAUCUUGCUGCACGUAACAUCCUCUUAUCACGUGAUGGAGUAUGUAAGCUCUCUGAUUUUGGAUUAGCACGUGACGUCAUGAAUGGCGGUGUCUACCAAAGAAAAACACAGGGUCGCGUACCUAUUCGCUGGAUGGCCUUAGAGUCUCUCCUGGAUAACGUGUAUACCAUACAAAGCGAUGUCUGGUCAUUUGGUGUACUUAUGUGGGAAAUCGUCACAAUAGGAUCAUACCCGUACCCUGGUGUCCCGAGUAAGAAGCUCAUCAAGGACCUCCAGAAAGGCUACAGGAUGCCGAGACCAGAACACUGCAGUGAAGAAAUAUAUUCUAUCCUGUUGGAAUGUUGGAGAGACGAGAACAAGCAGAGACCAACUUUCGACCAACUGAGACAUCGAUUAGAGACGAUAUUGAUCGAAUCUGGGAACUACCUCGUACUUGACGAUUUUGAUGAGCGUCUAUAUGAAUACACGUAUGAUGGAAACUCUACACCGGACGAGUGAACAAUGACAACAUUAAGAUAACCAGCUUUAAUGACAAUGAAAGAAUUAUCGUCAUGCUCCUUUUUGUUAAAUGGAAACCGGACCCUUCAGCGGGCGAACGCAAAGUUCCAAUUCGUACGGUUCUUGGUCAUAUCGAAACUAUUAUGUUGCGACGUCAUAGAUUUCAAGGUUCCUUACCAGAAAGAAAGUUAUUUGGACGAGCGUGCAAGGUGCUGAAUUAUAGUGAAUGGAAGUCAGUGGCUUGAUCACCAGAUCACGUGGACACAUGCGUCAUCCUCGUCACCCAAUCAAAAGCCGAUAAAAUGACCUAAUUUUCAUCUGAAGAGGAAAAGGAUACACCCGAGUUUUUGACGAAACGUAGCCUAAUUCAUGAAGUAAUGAUUACUUUGUGAUUUUAAAAUUAUGCUUUCAGCAUCCCAAUAUAACGUGAUGAAUGUGCAAUAUCAAGUAUUCAAAACAGAUUUAUUAUCUAUUUUAUAGUUGUACAGUUUAUAAUGUAUUUAACAAAGUGUAAAUAUGUAAGAUCUAACAAAAUGUAAAUAGAACUAAUUCGCAUUACGUAAUCGUCAGGUUGGGAGCCUAAAUAGUGUAUAUUCGUGCUUUUACAUAGAACCAAUGUCCUUCCGGCUCGAUAGACGAAAGUAGUAUCUACCAUACAAAUUAGUUAUAAAGUAUUUUAAGAUGUAUAUAUUUAUUUGAAUGUUCAUGGUUUAUGCUAUACAACUAUCCAAGAUUAUCUAGCUGUAAAACCAAACCUUGUUUAUUAGAGACUGAAAGGUAUAAAAUGUGUAUAUAAAUAAGGGUCAACAUCGAUAAUAGGGACUUUUAGAUUCUGCAAGACGAGAACUCGGACUGCCUUUUAAGGCAAUGUGACGUCACUGCCAGUGCCUUAAAAGGACGUCACAUUGCCUUAAAAAGGGCAGUCCACGUUCUCGUCGUGCAGAAUCUAAAAGUCCCUAAUCAAGGUCCUUCUACUACCUGUUGCCCAGUUAUAGUAUUAAUGCUCUCAACAAGCCAGUUCGUAAACAGCUUCGGAACGCAUAACCCCCAAACAUCCACAGAUCUUUUACACGGUGGAUCCAUCCCACUUCUGCAUUUUAGAAUAAUCACUGCCGAAGUGAUAGAGGUGCUUCAUGAAUACCUUUUGUUUGCCUCUUGAGAUAUAGUUCCACCUGUGUAUCAGAUAAAUGUUCUGUCGAUGCAUAAAUGAAUGCUGAUUACAUAACUUUCAUGAACACGAUACCAGUAUUCGUCUCGAUGGGUUUUACAAUUUGGGAACAAAUGACCUUUAUCUGCCCAUGCGCAGAUAUUAUUUACGAACUGGCUUAUUGUGCACGCUUCGGUGUGUUUUUAAGGUAGAGGGGUGAGGGGGUGGGGGGGGGGGGGGUCCAGUCCAGGGUCCAUGUCAGCCCCCAAAAUGUCGUUCCCCAUUAUGUACAAAAUGUUUCAAUAAAUUAUGGCUAUGGUUUUGCACAGUUUCGGCUGUAAAAGGACAUCUUUGCCCGCUGGAUUUUGCUUUACAUGAAUAUAAAAGUUAAAAGUUAGUUAAUUUGGCAACUUUCAUGAUAAUACAGUUAGAAAGUGGACUUGACUAUAUGUUGAACAUUGCUCAGAAAUUGCUCUAAAAUUGAAGCGCAUAACUGUUCCUAGCAAGCUGUUUCAUUAACCUGCAGAUAACCUUUAGGAACAUUGCACUGUAACUCCUUACACCACUUCAUUCAGCGUAAUGACUUAAUAAUUAUGAACAACAUUUCUUUAAAUUAUGAUGUACAGAAAGGUUCUAUUCAUAUUAAUUAUUACAAAAAAAAUGACUAUUUAACAUAGCCCUUAAGAAAAAGGUAUACUUACAAAAAAAAUAGAUUCUUCCCGCGGGGGUAAUUAACCCUUAUAUUUUGUAACUUUCAAAGCUAAAGGAUGAAUGCAUAUCGAGCUGAAGUUUGCCCCAAUGUUGUAUAAAUGUGCUAUUGUUACAGUAUUAAAUGAAAGUAAUUUGUCUUGUGAACGACGGCAGUCAUCUCGUUGCUCUGUUACAUGAUUAGUGUUAUUAUCAUGUGAUGAAUAAAGUCUAAAAUAUAAUAAAGUCUUUCAAUUCAAA